AUGGAGAGAGGUGGGGCUUUGCUCUUCUCUCUUCUAGCUCUAGCAAUGAGCUUGCACAUCGGAUAUUUGCGCGCCGCCGUGACACUACCACCGGAGGACCGUCCGCUAACUCGCCAUUUUUAUAAGAAACUGAAUACGUGUGCGAAUGUGGAGGCAUUUGUGAAGCACCAGGUGACUUUGUUCUGGAAUCAAGAUAAGAGCAUCACUGCUAAGCUUUUCAAAUUGCUCUAUGCAGACUGCAUGGUCAAUGGUUGUGAUGGUUCAAUUCUCCUAGAUGGUCGAUAUGCAGAGAAAAAUGCACCGCAGAAUUCAGGGCUUGGAGAAAGAAUAUUCGAAAUCAUUGACAAAAUUAAGACUGUCCUCGAGAUCCGAUGUCCUGGAGCUGUCUCUUGUGCUGACAUCCUUAACCUUGCUGCUAGGGAUGCUGCUCAUCUGGCAGGUGCACCUUCGUAUCCUGUGUUCUUGGGGAGAAGGGAUGGACUAGAAUCAAAUGCUGCUUGGGUAGACUACCCCUCACCUUCAAGUUCCUGGGACACAGCGGUGACAUAUGCCAAUUCUAAAGGUUUGGAUGAGCAAGACUUGGUUACACUCUUAGGGGCACAUACAAUGGGAAGAACACAUUGCCAGUUCAUCAGGGAUCGCCUUUACAAUUUCAAGAACACAGGUAAACCAGACCCCAGAAUGAAGAAAUCUUUACUGAAAGAUCUGAGACAGCAAUGCCCUCCCAAUACACCAAAAGGGAAAGAAGAUCCUCUUGUCUAUUUAAACCCUGAAAAUGGCCCGGGAUACAAGUUUACUAACAGCUACUACAAAAGGGUAGAGUCCUAUCAAGCUGUUCUUGGAGUUGAUCAGCAGGUAUUGUGGGGUAACCACUCGCUGGUUGAUGCAUAUGCAAAAUAUUUCGAGCAAUUCCGCAGAGAAUUUGCUUUGUCAAUAAGCAGAAUGGGAGGCCUUAGAGUUUUGACUGGGAAGAAGGGGGAAAUACGGCGGAAUUGCCGUUUCACAAAUGGAAAUAAUCCUAGCAUCAAGUAG